AUGUCACUUGCGAUGUCGUCAUUUGUCCGUAGACUUGCUUUUAUUGCUAGCACCAUAGGUGGUGUAUAUUUAGCUGACGAUAAAUGGAACGCAAGAACUUUGCAAAGAAAUGUCCUGACAGCAUGGAAUGGCAUUUGUAUAGGACUUGAUUACAAAAUAAACUUUCGACCAGGAAAAGGAGACAAAAUUGAUGAUUUACAUGAGCGUGUUGCAAAAAGAAUUUUAAACGUUUGUCUAACUAAUGGAGGUCUAUAUAUAAAAUUAGGCCAAGCGAUAGGAGUGCAAUCAACAAUUUUACCGGCAGCCUACCAAAAGACAUUUAAACAAUUAUAUGAUGACGCCCCAGCGGUUGAUUUCGACCGCGUUGUCAAAGUAUUUAAAGAAGACUUUAAUUGCCACCCUGAUGAAAUAUUUGAUGAUUUUGAACGUACAGCAAUCGCAUCAGCAAGCAUUGCUCAGGUUCAUCGCGCAAAACUUAAAGAUGGAACACCAGUUGCAGUCAAAGUGCAAAAACCAGAUAUAAGACGGCAAAUAGAUUGGGAUUUAUUAGCAUAUAAAGGAUUGAUGCACAUGUACGAAUACAUUUUUGACCUUCCUCUUGUAUGGUCUGCAGAUUAUACAGAGAAACAUUUAAGACAAGAAGUUGACUUUGAAAAUGAAGGAAGGAAUUCUGAAAGAGUACGGAUCGAAUUUGAAAAGGAGGGAUCAUUGAGUGACAAAGUUUAUGUGCCUAAAGUGUUUUGGGAUCAAACAAGUAAGCGAGUGCUGACUGCUGAAUGGAUAAACGGCAUAAAAAUUACGGAUCGGGAAGGAUUGCAACGGCUCGGGUUUAGUUUUAAUGAUGUUAUGAAGACAGUCAUUGAUAUUUUUGCUGAUCCACAUCCAGGGAAUGUUAUGGUCAGGCCUCAUCCCUCAAAAUCAAAUAAGUACUAUCAAGUUGUGCUAAUUGACCAUGGUUUAUGCAUGGAAGAAUCAAUUGCAUUCCGUCAUCAAUAUUGCUUGUUUUGGAAGUCGCUCUUUCUUAUGGACUCUGACAUGAUAAACCAAAUUUGUAAAGAAUGGGGUAUAAACGAACCAGAAUUAUUUGUGAGUGCUACUUUGAUGAAGCCUUAUACUUCACAAACUGCACUUCAUAUUUCCUCUACACAGGCAGCUACGUUACGAGAUGCAUAUGAAAUGCAGAUGGCUGUGAAAGAUCGCAUCCGGAAAUUUCUUGCUGAUACUGAGCUUAUUCCAAGAGAAUUAAUAUUUGUUGGUAGAAAUAUGAAUAUUGUCCGCGCACUAAAUAGAGAGCUUGGAAGCCCUGUAAAUCGAGUCAAUUUGAUGGGUAAUUGGGCAGUCAAAGGUCUCGGUCCCGAUUGGUCAAAUUGGGGUGGAAAUGCCAAGACAUUUGAAUGGCAGCAACGACAAAUUUCACAAUUUAUUUCAGACGGCGUUCAUCGACUUUCAAUAUCCCAGAAAACGUUUCUGUCAUUUUUUGAGCGCUUUUAUUUUAAUAAUGCUAAAGAAGCUAUUAAUAGCUGGAUAUAUAAUAGUGGGCCCCGUGGAUUCGAAGAGGUUUUGGAUGAUCAAAUAAAAACUUCAUUAGAAGAGAAUUUUGGAAUGAUGUUUAAUGAAAAAAUUUUUGAAGG